AUGCUGUCGGAGGUGGAGGGGGGGAGCACCAGCACUCCUCCCGGAAACGGGCUUGACGGGCCUCCAGCUGCGCCGCUCGCAUCUUCUGUAGCAGCACCAGCACCAGCACCAGCACCAGCACCACCCGCGAACAUGACCGCGCCAGGAGAGAUGGGCGAUGCGUCGGGGCAACCGCCAUUGAAGCGCCAGCGUGUCUCCCAGGCCUGCGGGACCUGCCGAGACCGCAAGACGAGGUGCGACGGCGCGCAGCCCGUGUGCCGCGCAUGCGAACAGAGAGGCGUCGCCGCCAGUUGUCGAUAUGAUCAGGUCAAACGGCUGCGGGCGAACGCGAGGCCUUCAAGUUCCUACAGCCUGAACACGAACACGAACACUCCUCACCACCCACCACCACCACCACCACCACCACCACCACCACCACAGCAACCGGGGCAACAUCCCGACGCCCGAACAGCCGAUCCGAGAGCCCACAACGACGCUGCUCAGGCCUUAUCCGAUCUGGGGCGAGGGUCGUGUGAUGGUACGUACACCCCUCCACCUCCACCUCAUCCUCGUGCACGCCGUGGUCAAGAGGCCAAUGAUGAUGAUGAUGAUGACGAUGAUGAUGAUGAUGAUGAUGAUACACGCUGAACGAAUUCAGAUCGGAGGAACAGCACCCUCCUCCACACCCCUCCCACCUCUCUCCACGCCGCCGCCUACCAAACCGGCAAUAAUGGCAAUGGCCUCACGCCUCGGACCAACCACGCCCACGCUUUCCCAGGAAACGAACUGCCCGCCCCGCGUGCCGAUGGCCUGGCCACCGUCGCGGCCGGCAGCGACGACUCCAUCUACGGCCCUUCGUCCACCGUCGCCUUCCUCAAGCAUGUCAUGCCCAGCCAGAGCGGUACUGCGACUCCCGUGAACGGAUCCGAAUCCGAAUCCAACUUUCGGAGCUCGGGUGCCCUGCCGGAGCGCAUUCAACACCGUACCGACGGACUCGACGUCUUGCCCAGGCGCCGUCAGGCCGACAACUUCGUGCUGUGUUAUUGGGAAUUCAUCCACCCGCUGUUCCCCGUGCUACACAAGCCGAGCUUUACGAGGAAAUAGUAAGUCGGCCGUGGCUUCACUCUCCCAGCUGACACGGAGAUGCUAAAUUCGAUGCCAUUCGCAGUGACCGACUGUGGACCGAGGGCAACGACGGGCCGCCACAUCACGACUCCGAAGCCGAAGAGGCCAUCUUCACGGCGACCCUGAAUCUCGUCUUUGCUCUGGGCUGCAAAUUCAGCACCCUCGUCGAGCCAUCCCAACACUCCUCGGUAGCCGACGACUUCUACCAGAGAUCUCGCCAAUCCUAUCCCUUCGACAUCUUGGACUCGACCUCCAUCUCUCUCGUCCAGAUGCUCGUCCUCGGUGGUGUCUACCUGCAGUCUACCCAGCACGCAAGUCGAUGUUGGAACGCGGUCGGCUUGGCUAUUCGCAUGGCGCAGAGCCUCGGACUCCACAUCGACGCUGCAGGCCACCGCGGCAUAUCGCAGCUCGCACUCCACAUGCGGAGACGAAUCUGGCACACCUGCGUCAACCUCGAUCGCUUGCUGUCCAUGACCUUUGGCCGGCCGUCCAUGAUUGAUCGCACCAUCCAAGUACCCAUUCCGGCCCUGAUCGAUGACGAAUACCUGCAAGAGCAUAUCGAAGGCGCACAGCCAGCUGGCAUUCCAUCGCGCCUUGGUCUGUUUGUGUCUUCUUGCAAGCUCUUCGAGCUACUGGAAGAGAUUCUGUCUCUAUUCUACAGGGAUAGCUCCGGUGUCAGCUCCCAGAGACAGGCCAAUGGAGCCACGAAACCAACAGAGCUGCUGGCGCCCGUCCUGGACCUCAACCGAAGGCUUGACCAAUUCGUCGAAGGUGUACCAGCGUACUUGAGGAUUUCCGACUCCGAGCAUGUGUCGCCGUCCAAGGAUGAUCACGUCCACCUCCAGCAGCAGAUACUGUACUGCAGAUUCCUGUAUAUCAGACUGCUGUGUCUUCGUCCACUGCUCCUGAUGGCGACGCGACUGGAUUCCAAGCCACACUCUCUGACACUCGAUAGUGACGUUAUCAGGAGUUGCUGCGACUCCUGCACCCUCACCGCCUGUCGCCUCAUCGACACACUCUACGAAAAUCUGGGAACGCUGUACCGAAGCUCGGGCUGGCACACCGUCUACUUCACCUUCGCAUCCGCAAUCGUCCUCCUCGCAUCCUCCAAGACGAGCAGCUAUCGACCCCAAAUCGCAGAGCGCGACGUCGAAGCAUCCUGGUCUCGCUGCUUCUACAUCUUGGAACACUACGAGAACCAGAUCCCCUCGGCCCGGCACGCCUCACAACUCCUCCGCUCCAUGAAAGCCCGGGUCUCCGACAUCGCGCGCGAACACCAGGGCAAUGCCAAUCCCACCCAGGACCCGGGCGAUGCGACACUCGACCCUUCCCUGCAACCUCCGAAGCCGGAAGCCGCGACCGCGAGCAACGGAACGGCGCUCUCGCCUGCCAUCCACCCGCAGCUGAGUCUGGAAGAGAUUGAGGCUCUAAGUGCGGAUAUCUCCCAGUCGUGGUUCGGACAGCAGCUGGUCAAUCUCGACUGGCUGGAGCUGCCGCAGAUUUGA